AAUUGCCCAUAGUUUAUCAUGUCAAUUAUUUUUUUUAUAAAUUAAUUAUUACGCUGUUAGACAAAUUUAUCCACUCGCGUUACGUCUUACAAAAACAACGUCAUGAACGUCAAAAUACCUCGGGGAGUUAUUUUGACGGGGGACGUGUUGAGAAGCAACAUAAUAGUUGCUAUAUGUUAUAACCUGAUAUGGAUUUUCGCACUCGUAAAACAGAACAUUUUGAUGAGUUUUCCUGAUACGUGUCGUGUUUCGCCUUUGAGUUGGGUUGGGCGGCUUGUCAGCCCGCAAGUCAUCCACUAUGGAGUUGGACGAGUAUGAAAGUCUGCCGACGGGCAGUGCGGUGACCCACAUGGCUGCGGGUGCCGCGGCCGGAAUCAUGGAACACUGUGUCAUGUACCCCCUGGACUCUGUCAAGACACGAAUGCAAAGCCUGCGACCAAGUCCGGGUGCCAGGUAUCGCUCCAUCGCAGACGCCUUCUACAAGAUAGUGCGUCAUGAAGGGGUUAUGCGGCCUGUGCGGGGGAUGAGUGCGGUGGUCAUUGGCGCAGGACCGGCGCACGCCCUCUAUUUUUCCUGCUACGAGAAACUCAAGCGAACUAUCAGUGGCACGGAGCACGGCACCAACAGCCCCAUUUCUCAAGGCUUGGCCGGAUGCCUGGCCACCGUGAUGCACGACGGCAUCAUGAAUCCCGCCGAAGUGGUGAAGCAGCGCAUGCAGAUGUACAACAGCCAGUUCAAGCGCUGCACCGAGUGCUUCCUCCACGUAUGGCGCCAGGAGGGAGGGCACGCGUUCUACCGCAGCUUCACGACGCAGCUCUCUAUGAACAUUCCCUUUCAGUGCGUUCAUUUCGUCACCUACGAGUUCAUGCAGGUGUUAACCAAUAAGGAGCGUGUCUACAACCCCGUGGCACACAUGGUGUCCGGGGGCAUUGCGGGUGCCUUUGCGGCAGCCGUCACGACGCCCCUGGACGUCUGCAAAACCCUGCUCAACACGCAGGAGUCUUCGCUCCUCAGGACCAGCCACCAGCCGCAGAUCAGCGGCCUGGUGAAUGCAGCAGCCACCAUCUACAGCUGCUGCGGCUUCAAGGGAUACUUCCGGGGUUUGAGCGCCAGGGUGCUGUUCCAAAUGCCCGCGACGGCCAUCUCUUGGUCUGUCUACGAAUUCUUCAAGUCUAGCCUGAAUCGGCGAAGCUCAGGGGAAAGCGAGUUGGGCCCGGCGACCGGCGUCAACACGGCUGUAACAGGCGUUUUGACGGCAAGGCCGAGCAUCGAGACGGCAACGAGCGAGCGUUGAUUUCCUGGGGAAAAGCUCUCCACGCCGCAACCCGCGAUCCAGAGGGCUGCGCAUCGCCUCAGCUCGACGAACAGCAAUGACUAGUCGGGCCGCGGUUCAUAUCGGAGACCUCGUGGCAGUCUGAGCACUCGCUACCAGGUCGCUGGCAGAAAACGCUGGCAACUGGCAACACCGGUGUCUGUCGUCUUUCGGGGCGGCCAUAUGUCGCGAGCCUGCGGUAGGUCCGACUCCUCGAUGCAUUCGUUGCCGUGUGCUAUGCUCCUCCGCUCGAUGGGCAGUGGUCAGCAGUCGUCCCGGUGUCCGAUUCUCCAUGCCCCAGUUGUUGCGCACGCUCUGUUAGGGUAUGUGGGCUAGAAAAGGACUACAGGAAGCUGUGUUUGAAACUUCAGAAUGUGUUGAGCAACAAUAAAUCUGAUGCAGUAGUUGAUUUUUUAUAAA